AUGAGCACCGAUCGUAUGGCAGAGCUAGAGCUGGAGCUUAGUAUUGCUAAGCUGGAGAUUGGAAACUUGAAGACAGAAAACAAGGCUGUCAAAAAGACGGUGAAUCGACAGUCUUUGGAGUUGAGCAAGCGAACCGUGAAGGAGGCCAAGAAAGACGCCCAGACACUUCGUCAAGUGGAAAAGCUGGAUGGGGACAUUGAAAAGCUUGUACGUCGUUCCCAAUGCUUGAACGAUCUUAACAACGAACUGCUCAUGAGAUGCAGGCAACAUGACAAGGACAUGGCAGAGCUGAUCCUGAAGCUUGAGCAGCGGGACAAGAUGAUUGAAAUGAUGAACAAGGCGAUCAAAAACGACCAAAGAGCAUUGGAAAUCCGCAACAUGGAGGUCGAGCUACUGGAGCUUCAGAAUCAGAAAUUGAAGGAUCAAAUUAAAGGCUACGAAGCUAUUUUUGGAGCCGGUGUCUUUGUGGCAAUUUCCAAAUAG